ACAUGGCAAUUGCACGAAGCACAAUAUUACGACUAAUAAAUUGUAAUUUGUGACAGAAAACUGUGAUAAAUAUUCGUUUUUAUUUAAUUUUGUUCGAUACCUGUUAGUGAAUAUUAAAGAUGGAUGUAGAUCAAAUAGUGUCGCGUUCUUCUUUUUCAAUGUUAGAAGGAAAAGUAGACAGCAGAAUAUUGAAAGCAUUGAAUUCAAUGGGUAUGGAGAAACCAACGCGUAUUCAAGCUGAAGCUCUACCACAUUUGCUGCAAGGGAAAGAUCUUAUUGGUGCGGCUAAAACGGGCAGCGGAAAGACAUUGGCAUUCCUAAUACCAGUUGUUGAUAAUUUACUCAAGUUAAAAUGGUCUGCUAAAGGAGGCACUGGAUGUAUAAUUUUAUCACCUACAAGAGAAUUAGCAUUACAAACAUCUGAUGUAUUGAAGAAACUUCUAAUGAACAUUCCUCUAUCACAUUGCCUUAUUGUGGGAGGUGAGAAAAGAGCUAAAGAUAUUAUAAAAUUGAAGAAAGGUGCAAACAUCAUAGUCGGAACUCCAGGUCGGUUAUUAGACCAUCUGCAAAGUACUGAAAAGUUUAAUUGCAACAAACUGCAGUGUCUAGUGUUGGAUGAAGCUGAUAAACUUUUGGAAGCAGGCUUUCAGAAGCACAUAACUGGCAUUGUUAAUUUGUUACCAACAAAACGACAAACAGUUUUAUUCAGUGCUACUAUGGGCGAAAAUGUCAAGAAUCUCGCUAGAUUGGCAUUGAGAAGUGAUCCAAUUUUAGUAUCUGUGACUGAUAACAAAACAUCCACAGUGACGGGAUUGCAACAGGGGUAUUAUAUUUGUCCAGUAGAAAAAAGGAUAGCAUGGUUGUACAAAAUGUUGAAGAAAAGUAAAAAGCUAAAAGUCAUGGUGUUCUUCUCGUCAUGUAGGUCUGUGGAUUUUCAUCACGAAUUUUUCCAAGAACAUUGCAAAGCUUCUGUUUUAAGUAUACACGGCCAGCAAAGUCAAGCUAGGAGGAAAGAAGCGUAUCACAAUUUUAUUGAAGCGCAAAGCGGGGUUUUGUUUUGUACUGACGUCGCUGCACGCGGCUUGGAUAUUCCCAGUGUUGACUGGAUUGUGCAGUAUGACCCACCUUCGGAUCCUAAGGAAUAUAUCCAUCGCGUUGGUCGCACGGCUAGAGGACUCAAUAAUAAAGGGAAUGCAGUCAUAUUAUUAAGACCAGAAGAAGAGAACUUUAUCAAGUUUUUGGAAAAAGAAAAGGUGUUUUUAGACAAAUACACUUUUGGAGAACCUCCUAAUGAAGUUCAAGAGAUGCUAGAAGAUUUAAUAGCGAAUAAUGGAGUAAUGAAGACAUCAGCAAGAAAGGCGUACCUAUCGUUUCUCAGAUGUUAUAAGAAGCAUCCGCUGAAGAAGAUAUUUGAUAUCAACUCCUUGGAUUUAAAAUUAGCUGCAAAGGCCUUUGGGUUUCAAGAACAGCCUCACGUGGAUUUUUUACCGAAUAAGAAAUGAAUUUCCGAGAAUGGAAGAAGCCUCAUCAAGAAUACAAGAUUUUGUACCUAACAAUGGUUUAUCAAUUUGUAAUCUUAUGAGAUUAUAAAUUGUACCGAUGUCUAGAUAUAGGUACCUACUAGUAAGUGUACAUACAGAUAGGUAUACGAGUAGGGUUAUUGUAAAUAGAGCAUUGAAAUGUGAUAAGUAUUUACAACAUUGUUGACGACAUGUUUAUUUAGAUUAUGUAAUUUAUUACAAUAAAACAAAUGUAUACAUAAAUAAAA